UUAAUCAUGAAAUGUGCACUAUUACUGACCUUCGUCGUACUCCUGGUUGUUUGCGCUGAUGACACACAUGCCUGGUUUGGAGGAGGUGGAAGUUCUCGUUCUAGUUCUAGAAGAAGCGACUCAUCAAAGUCAUCGAGUAGAUCUGGUUCUUCAAAAACAAAUCGUAAAAGUGGCGGUGGCUGGUGGGGUGGUAGUAGAAGUUCUAGUUCCAGUCAAUCCGUUUCUUCAUCAGCGACAAAGUCAGUUCAGAAACAAGAAAAGCCAAAAGCAAGCGUAAUUGAUAAAGUGAAAGGGGCAAUUAGUGGAGCCAUUGAUAAUGUUAACACAAAAGCGAAAGAAGUAAAAACGUAUGUCAAAGGAUACGCUAAUGGCGCAAAAGAGAUGCACAACACAUAUACAGAAAUGAAAACUGCCACUAAACAAAUGGUAAAGGAUGGCAAAAGCGCAAAAGGUGCAGACAAGUACUUUCAUGCAAAAGCCAACUACAAGGCAGCACAACAUGGUCCUGGUGGUAAAGCAGCGGCAAAGCAUAUCAGUGAUGCAAGAGAGACAUAUCAAACGGCAUUUAAAAAAGGGAAAAAUAUAAUUGGGAAAGUAAGUGACGAAGGAUACAAUGAAUAUGCUGCUGAUUCCGCUAAAGACCAAGAGGCUAACAGACAUGGACAAAAUGGUGGAGAUCCCAAUAAAUAUCGCACCAAAGAUAUUCCUGACAAAUACAAAAAAUAAUGUUGCCACAGUUACAAUUUUUAUGCUUAAGAGAUCAGUUUAUAAAACAUGUAUCUCUUG